GGAAUCCCCCGGAGGAGCAACCAGGGGAUUGCCCCGAGGGAACAAGGAGGCGGAGUCAGGAGCUGUGUUGCCCUCCGGCGUAGUCUUGUUUCAAGGUUCUGGGCUCUCCCUGCAUCCGUGGGCAGUCAUUCCCAGUCCUGGUUCCAGCCGGCCUCCCGGAGGGGUCGUAGUCCUUGGUCCAGGGCCCAACCAGCAACCUGGAGGGGUGGCGGGCCACAGUCUUGGGUCCAGCCCAUACCCUGAUGGAUUCAAAAUUCCUGGCCCCGGAACCAACAUAUCCGGAGCACCCAGUCCCUGGUCCAAGGGCGCUGGGGUGUACAGCUUGGCAUGCAAUCCGAAUUCCGGGAUAACUUGCCCGAAUUCCUACAACGCCUAUGAGGAUCCGCCACGGAGCAUUCUCAAAAACAAUAGCUCCAUCAUGAUGCAGAAAUCCCCCAGUGUGGAGAAGAAAAAGUCUCAGCACUGGGAUGAGAUGAACAUCCUGGCCACCUACCACCCUAUUGGCAAAGACUAUGGGCUUAUGAAGGUGGAUGAACCCAGCACCCCCUUUCACAGGCCGCAGGACCCUGAAGAGGACAUGUCCCCCCGGUCUUCCCACAUGGUAACUCCUGAGGCACUGGCAAAGAGGUUCACAAAAAUGGACAAUUUCUGCCCCAAAAUUCUCCAGUAUGGUGUUAACAGAAGCCCAGGGUCUCCAGAAAAAACGUCCAAGCCACACUCCAGUGAUUUUGAGAAGCACCGCAAGGCCCACUAUGAUGAAGGGAAGUUCCUCAAGGCUCUGAAAGGCCCAGCCCUGGCUGCUAUGGACGAUGACAGCCCAGCGGGGAGCAAGAGUAUCAGCAGUAGCUAUGGAGGUGUCUGGCAAGAUUCAGAGCCCAGCUCUGCGGAGAGAGGCCGAGCAGGAGGACUGGCCAGAGGAUCCAAAGAUGAGACUGACUUGGCGGCCAGAAACCACAUCCCGGAAGCCAAGGAUUCUUCCACCACCGGAAAUCCAUCCCCAGCUGUGACCUCUCCUGCACUGACACAGGACCCUCAGCGCAAGGAGUAUUACAGCAAAGGGAGAUACCUGAGGUCCUGCUCCCACCCGGAGCUUGACGGACUGCCUAACAGCUUUUCCAGCUUAGCCUGGGAGACGGAGACUGUAGGAAACACCGAGGUCCGAGUGUUGGGCCACAAGAGACACCUCUUUCAGGAUAACCAGACCUCAGAGAAGUCCCUGAAGAUAAGAGUGACACCAGUAAGGCCGGAUACUACCCUGCCCUCUAAGGACAAGGAGGCCCAACUGGUGUCCGGCUGGUAUCAGUGGUUGAUGACUAAAGACCUGAGCUGGCAAAGUCCAAUGGGCUUAGAUCAAGGAUCUGGAAGCUGCCAGAGUCCCCCAAACUGGAAGCAGCCUAGAUAUGAAACUGCACAGCGCCAGGGGAGCCAGGAGAAGGAAACCAAACCAUGGAAAAUGUAGCCAACUCGGCAUGGGGUGGGGGCUACUCCCCUGCCUUCCCCACACCGGGGGUGCACAAUAAAGACCGAUGAGCAGGAGCCUGCGUGCUGUGAGUUGGGUGCUGGGUGCUCAGCCAGGAGAGGGGAGGCGGGAGGGGAGUUCACACACAGGAAACCGCCAGCGGGGAGAGCAGCCCAGGACGCCAGACUCCAGGACAGGGGCUGUCUCAGGAGCCCAGGGAGGCUUAAGCUGCGGCUGGCCAGACGCACCUGCAAGGACCGAUGUGAUUCAUUUUGUUCCUCCAAUGUCAUUGGUGUCACCCUUUCAUUCUCACCACAACCCUGAAGGUUGGGGCUCUCAUCCCUGGCUUCCAGAUGAGGAAACGGAGAAGCCCGAGGGUUCUGCUGGCUCCGACGCCUCCACCGCUGAAGGAGAAGCAGACCAGGGGCCUGGUGGGAAGGUGACAGCGACUGAUCUCUGAGGGCGGGGCCUGUGGCUUCUCUGAUCUCGGGCGCACCUCGGCCUGGCUCCGCCCCUGCCCCUCCCAGGCCUGCCUAGAAGGGUAGGGUGAGAGCUCUUCCUAGUGCACCCCUUCCCCUUGGGGAAAGAAUUGUGCCCCCAGGCCCUUUGCUGGAGAGGACCCACUCUUCCGACAUCACCAUCUAGAUUUGCAUCUCUCCCU